CAUUGGUUGUUUUUGCAAAGGGAACACGAAAACAAAUACCCCCCCCCCCUCUGGGAGACCCUCACAAAUAUUGUGAAAUACGAAUCGAAGAACUCUCAGAAAGCGAAGAACGAAUUUCAAAGAAAGCAGUCGAUGUCUUCCACCCAGGAAGAUGACAAGAAUGAACUUGAACACUGAAGGUCAAAAAAAUGGACCGAGGUUAUCCACCAUUUUCAUAGAACGCGACUCUUAGUAAAAUUAGACGCUAGAAUAUAUACAGACAAUUAUACCGUAAUUAGAACUUUAGAAUUUCAGAACGUUAAACAUUCGAAACCAUUUGUAGGAAUCCUGAUCCAACCUGCUACCUAAGGCGGAAAAUACCUACGGCCUACAAACCUGCAGUUGCUUGCAUAAAUUUAUUUGAUAACGCUGCCUCCUCCCCCCAGUACAAUGUUGCAGGUUGUAAAUCGAUGCGCCUUUUAUAUGCAACAUUGCUAAGGGGGAGGGGGUGAGCUGUGAAAGAAAACGUUAAAUCUAAACCGCUUUCUUUAAAGUAAGUUCCAAAAUGUUUGUCAAAGAAUGUUGGUAGGGAAAUACGCAAGAUAUCUGAAACGAAGCAGAUUAAAUCUUUAAAGGCCAUUUGCAGCAACGUUACAAUCAUUUGUCACCUGUCUUGAAGCUAUAAUGUUUUUUUGAUGAUUUUUAUGUAGAUUGUGCUAAUCCCAAACGCUGUACGUGGGUGCUAUUUUGCGCACUUUAUGUUUUUAAGAGGAUAAUUACAAGUUAAAGGGUUGAAGGCUUCCUUUCAAACACUUCAAUGUAAAUAAUUAAUUUUUACUCCUGAUAAUGUAUGCACAUUUACGUAGGUUCUAAUCAUUUACAUGAUAAGGAGCAAAAUUCUGGUCUUUUACUCAGACGUAGGGUAAUUAUGGGCGCAGCGAAUCGAACACAAUUAGAUGUGCUCAAAAUGCGCCCGCAAACCGCUUCAAAUUGUUGUUGGUGCGCAAAGCAAAAGCAAACUGUUGGCGCCAAAUUUGUUUCCGUGGUAAAUGGCCCCCACCUCGACGAGAUAAUAUGUUCUUUAGGAACUCGACGCAAGUAAGCGCGAUAGAGGGGUGUUUCGGAAGCACUGAGAGCAUUGAGACGGACAAAGAGACUUUCUUUUCAGCUUGUCUUGAUGGCCUGGCCUGUUUGCAAAACAGGGAGUAAAUAGGCCGUUUUAAACUCAAUUUUCGUACUAGAAUUUUUGUACAUUCUUGACGAGAUAGCACCUGUAUUGACAAAGGAGACGGUUUCGAAAUUGCCUAUAUCUCCAGACAUGAAAUCGACGGUUUUUCUUUACAGGUUUGCAAGGGGUGAUUACUUAUACACAAAACUGCAGAGCUUGUUGGAUUGGGAACCGCAGCUGUUUCCUUGAUAGUGCAGAAAGUUUGAAAGGCUACACGGCUUAUCUUUGAAAAAAUCUGCCACUACAAGCACCGCAGAGCAAGGGGGCUGGGGGACUUUAGCCCCCCCCCCACUUUUUGUGAAAAAUGCAAAAUACUAAGAAGUGAAUCACCAGUAAUGCCUCUUUUUAUCCGGUUUUAGCCCCCGCGCUUUUUUGGACCCCCCAUUUUUCUUAACGCUCCGCGGUUCCUGUAAUAACAAGAUGCCAAGAAAUAAACAUGCAUUGAUGAAAACAACAAACAUUUUUGAUCAAGAAUGGCAGUUUCCCUGUUGUUUUGGUGCUGUAGAUGGAUGCAAUGUACGAAUUAAAUGCCCUAAAAGUAGUUUCGAAAGGGCAAAAGAAUACCACAACUACCGUAAAAGCUCUAUUAAGCCCCUGGGUGCUUAUUAAAAUUUUGAACCAAAAAAGUUUUAAAAUGCCCUUGGCCAAUUUUUUGUUAUGAAAAUUACAUACAAGUGUUCUCAAAAAACUUUGCCAGCAGUUUUUAAAGUUUAAUCAAUCAAAUAAAGGUCCUUAUCUUCAUCGACUGACUACUAAGCUACACAAGUUAGUCUUUACACAGGUGGUAUUUAAUGCACACGAUCUUAUCAUUCUCACACCCGUCAAGAGACCCACUAAUUGCGCAUAUUUUCUAUGUUUGACAUCAAAGGCUAAAGAGGUGAUGACUUUGAGGUGAUGAGAGGGGAAGGGGGCUUAUUUAAAGUUUUGCUUGAUAAGGGGGCUUAAUAGAGUUUUUACAGUAUUCAGUAGCGCUAAUGGCGAUUGUUGAUGCAUGGUAUAGAUUUACAAUAUAUAAUGGCUUCCCUGGAAAUAGUCAUGAUGCCAUUUUCAAGCCGACUAAUUCAUUGAAAAAAUUUCAAAAGUAAACUUCAUUCCAAAAUGUUCAAAGAAAGAAUCUGAACUUGAAAUUUACGCAAACUUGAUUGGAGAUUCUGCUUUUCCCUUUUAUCUAUGAUGGAUGAAACCCUACAAUAAUACAAUUCUCUCUGACCAAGAAAAAUAUUUCAAUUAUCGUUUGAGUAGGGCAAGGAUGGUAGUUGAAGGGGCGCUGGCGAAAUCUCCAACGUAACUUUUGUAAAAGUCAUGUCCCUUGCAUUCAUAGUUCUACACAUUUUGUGUAUUGAUUUGGAUGAUAAGUUACGAUGAAAAGAAUCAGAAAAAUGAAUCGGAAUGAGCAAUUUAAUUUGCUGCGCCUAUAAGGCGCGGUCUAAACUACGCCUAAACUACGCCUUAGGCAAUAUGCAACAGAUUAAACUGGUUUAUCAUAUACUGAGGUAUUACAGGGUGCUCUUUCAGGCUAGGUGGACAUGAUUCUGAUAGCUAAAAAUCAACUUUUACCACGUUCUCAGAUAGUUUAUUUAUCGUAAAGUCACAAGUUUCAUUCCAACAAGCAUGUUGGAAUGAUUUGGCAACCCUGCCUAACAAAAUCACGUUUGCGCAACUACAGCAAGGAGAAGCCGGUCACUGAUUUGCUAUGGUUUGAUCAGAAAGCUGCGAACGGUUUACAUAAGAUGAACCAAACUUCAACAGAAAAAUCGAUUUUAUGGAUGGGGCCGCAAAAAAUGAGCCAGCUGCCGUUAGACGAAGAAGGGAAUGAAAACUGUUUGCGACAGUAAAGGGGACGGUUCAAAAUAAAGAACCCAUUCCAUUACUAGGUUCUAAGUAACCCCCUUUUGCAUCUCAUUUUCAUCAUAUUCCUGGUCUUUAAAAACACUUUGCUGUUUUUCAGUGUGUAUCGCCAUGUUCAGUUUCCGGCAGAAGUUUAAGAAGUGAGGCCCUGAGGUUUUGUUUUUGAUAAAUCGAUAAAUGUUGUAUGAAAUUUUUCGCUGGUUUGGCAACCCCUACAUCCAGAAAUGUCCAAAAAUGACCAAAAAGUCGUCCAACAACGUUGGGAUUUGUGCACGAAAUUUUGCACUGGUUGGGCUGGGGCUUUGAACAGUAAUUUCCAUCAACGUGACAUCUUAAUGAAGUAGGAAUCUGAAGAAAGUUUCCCUAGAUGGAAUAAAGGAAAGGUGGUUUAAGGUCGAAGGGAUCCUUUUCACCAAGCUUCUAUAGAGUGCGAGUUUGAAGGUAAUUUGUGGAAACUGCUAAAAAUAAGAAAUAGCUUUGAAUCCUACGCAGAAUCGCAAAUAAAGUAAUUGUCAAGUCGGAAAAGGCCAAGGACUUUAUCAGCUUGCAGAGCUGGCAAUGUAAUAAAGGCUUAAAAAAGCAAACUAGAAAAUCUUCAAUUAAACCUAAGAAUGGGCGGAUGUUAAAAAGUGCGUGAAGUGUGAUUUCGUUUGGUUACUCGCUAAUGAUCACAGUGACAACUGAUUAACUUAAAAACAAAUAUUCACAAAUCAGAACCAAAGAAACGCGAAAUUAAAGAGCAAUUACAGGUGGUGGCGGUUCGGCAACGGUAAGAGUGAUUCAUAAACAUUUGUGAUUUUUGCAUGAGAAGUUUUACAAUGAAUGAGAAGAAGAGUUUGGAAUCGACGGGGGUAUCGGUAUUCAUGCAGCGAUGUGCAUCUACCAAUAUAAGAAGACAGAUAGGGGGGGCGGGGGUGAAAAGCGCAAAGAAUAUGCGAAAAGGGGCAAACCUUCAGCAAAUUCUCCUCACCAACAGCAUUCCUGUUACAACAAACCUAAGGGUUGAACUUACGUUUUUCGGCAAGAAACAUGACAAGUUAGCAAUAUCAAGGUAACUUGAAUGGAAGCUUGAGGAGCCCCCGUGAAGCUUUCUGUUCAACUGGGGCAGCUUGUGAUAAAAGAAGACGCUUCUUCAGGUAAAAAUACACAAUAGUUGGAGGUGCAAGGAAGCAAUUUCUCGCAAUUAAAAAGAGAAGGUCAAGAAAAUAUUAAGGAUAUCUAAGAAGUUUGCAUUAGAAUAAAAAGUAGUAAAAAUUUGCAAACCACGAUGCAAAAUUUGUCUAUGAUAUGGCUAAAUAAAAUGUUGUGCUUGCUCCUGGCUUUCUUUCUGCAGCCGGUAAACAAGGUACAUGGACAAAGUAUUACAUCAGGAAACACAUUUGAACAGAUUCUUGGAGACAACGAAGAAGACCACAACUCGAUCGAUCAAAUAAUGGUGUUCAACAUGUGUGGGGUCGAGGAAUGGUGUACCCACGUGGUAAAAUGGAAGGAUAGUGGAAACUUUGAGCUCAUUAACAAUGGUGAACACGAGUGGGGAAUUAAUGAUGAUGAAAUAGCUGGCAUGUGGGUGAAAGGAUCGAAAUCAGAGCUCAAGAACCUUGCGUUCAAAAGAGAUACAAAGGUCUUAUCAGAAAGUAAUCCAAGCUCUUUGGCCGUCGAUGGAAACAAAGACAACCAAUACCAAUCAUGCUUUUACUCAGUUAGCACUGAUAUUUCACCUUGGUGGAGAGUAGCAUUUGGGGCACCUGUGCUUGUUUACAGUGUGACCAUAACAAACACUGGUGGUGGGUUUUACCCAUACCUGGCUGCAUUAUUCAAAGAGGUUGAUAUCAGAGUUGGAUAUCAAGAUACCAAUGGAGUGAAUCCAUACUGCAGACGAAACAUCUCCAUAGCAACCCCUACCACAGUUGAUUUCAGGUGUGACAAUGAGAUGCCAGGCACGUUCUUAUUCAUCGAGAAACAAACUGUCCAGUUGUAUUUAUGCGAAGUAGAGGUUUUUGGUAUAUUCUUUUUCUGAAUUCUUUACAUUUGAACAUUAUAAAAGCUGUUGAUGGCUGUCGGACUACGACAAAGCGAAACUGUAAGCGGCUACUGCGAAGGAGAAAAACUGGGACCGAAGUUGCGACCAAGGUCAAUUGAAAUACAGGCCUUGCAUGCCUGUAAAGCAUUUAUUGUUUAAAAUUAUUAAUGUUAAAGGACUUUGAUUUAGUAAAAUAAGCUUUUGGCCUUUUAGCAAGUUGGUAAAUUAUUAAAACUUUGAUAGUUAAUUUAAACUCUCAAUAUUGUAGUAACAGAGUCUCUCCGGACACCCAUGGAGGUAUACGAGUAGUUAUUGUAAACAUAGAAUUAAGAAGAAUAACUUCGCAAAUAUUUAUCAACUCUAUAAUGAAAUUAGACAGCUGAGCGGUAGGAGGUGCUUGAAGCAUUCUAUAACAGAGGUUUAACUUAAAACCUUUAUGUUGCCUGGAUAAAAUCAUCACACAAAUGGUUCUUACCUCGCAUUUAUUGCACAAUCUGUUAUCUGGCCGAAUCAAAACCUGAACAGGGUGAAAUAAAAAGUAAAAUCAACGCGCAAUGCUUGAUAGCAGAAUAUCUUUGAAGUCUAGAUGUGCAGAUUCGAGUGAUUGCAAAACGUUUGGGCUUUAUACACGUGGCACUAGAAUUGAGGAUUGCAUCUAUCAGCCCCUAAAUAGAUUCAGGAAGAUGCUAUACUAGUAUCGAUGAGCUAAUAAUCGAGAUUAUCAAUUACAAAUCUUCAACGGUAGUUCUGCAUAAAUCUCGUGAGAUCUGUAAUUCAUUAUGCGCUAGUCAGUUAUGAAAAUAGUACUCGUUGCUUCGAGUCAAAUAAAGAAAAAUAGUGGCUGAUUGAAAAUGCUCUUUGCAAUGACGGGGCGCGCUCAGUCUCCAGGAGAUUUGCAGUUGUCUGAC